UCAUCUUUCACUUGCUAGCUGUUGCUCCCCACAAAAAUGGCAUUCUGUUUCUCAAAUCUUGUAUUUAUAAGCCACAUGCCUUUCCACUUUCUACGUCCAAAUCAAACUGUAUGCAUAGUAAUGGUAAUUGUAUCGUUUGAUGAACCUGGCUGGCUAAAUUGAAGUGAUCACUAGUGUCCUAAUCUGAAUCUGCUAACAUAUCUAUGUCCUUUCGAUCGAUUACAUAGUGGGGUGAUCUACUGAUCUCUAAUGGUGGCGAGCACAAAUCACCCACAGACAAAAACCAGCUUUGUCCUGCACCCAUUUAAAACCCUUCAUCUUCCCCAAGAACUGGUCCCCCGAUCCAUCCAUUCUCCAUCUCAUUGCUCAGAACAGAACACAACAGAACCCUGCGUUUCAAUUUAUUUUUUGAUUUGAAGAAAUGAUAAAUCCAACCCUAAAUUCCGAAAUUGCUCGAGCAUUAAAGAUAAAUUUUUGUUUGCGGUGUUACCGUUUUCCCACUAUGUCAAACCCCAUUCAAUUUCUUCAUUGCUGCUCUCUCUCUGCCCUGCAUCUGCAACUGCAAUCGAUCUUCAUUGAUAAAUGGAUAUCGUAGGUGUGCCCUUUUAACAUUAGAGAGACUUCUUCUUUUGUUGACAUUAGAAUUGCUUUAUAAUGACUUUUUGGAUUUCUUCUGCACUGAUAACUAUGCCCUCCCAAGCUUUUUAGCUGCCUGCAAUGGCGCCCCCACCCACCCCACCUUCUUCUGCAGCAGCUACCUCUGCUCUGCUCCUCCGCAGUCUACACAGUACUGCACACUCUGCAAUCCGUUAGUUCAUUGACUGCUACUGCUGCUGCUACUUCUACCUUAGCCUUUGCUAUAAACACCACCAAGAUACAGCCUUUAUGCUUGCGCAUUUCUUCGCUAUCUCGAUCUUCGUUUCUUCCCUCUCUCUCUCUCUUGAUUCCACUCUUAUUUUACUGGAAGAUUCAGAUUUCUUGCUGGUAGUUAUCCUGCAGCAUCUUCUAUAUAUAUAUAUAUAUAUAUAUAUACACACACAUAAGUAAAGCCCAGAAGGUGCAGCAAUUAGAGAUAGAAGAAACAGGAACAAACAUGAAGUAUUUGAGUUCUUGCAUUCUUGGGGUUUUCUUUCUUAAUGUAAUGAUUGCUCCACAAUGCCGUGGACAAGAUGGAUCAGCAAUGAGGAGAAGAGAACAAGAAGCUGUGUAUUCUGCCAUACAAGGGUUUGUGGGGAAAUGGUGGAAUGGUUCAGAUCUUUACCCAGAUCCUUGUGGUUGGACUCCAAUUCAGGGCGUUUCUUGUGAUCUGAUUGAUGGGUUUUGGUAUGUGACUGAUCUGAGUAUUGGACCUGUUCAUGAAAACUCUCUCAGUUGUGCAAUGGAGAUUGAAUUCAGCCCCGAUUUGUUCUCAUUAAGUCAUCUUAAGUCCCUGUCUUUCUUCAGCUGCUUCCAUCGCCGUCCUGUGAGGAUCCCUACUCAGAACUGGGAGCUUCUUGCAGGGAGUUUGGAAUCUUUAGAGUUUCGUUCGAAUCCAGGGCUUACAGGGAGUGUCCCUGUAGCCUUUGGGGAGCUAAAAAAUCUUCAGUCCCUAGUGCUUAUGGAUAACGGGCUUUCCGGCGAAUUGCCGGAGGUCAUCGGCAACUUGACAGCCCUGAAGAGAUUAAACCUCGCCGGAAACUCAUUUACCGGUGGAAUCCCUGACAGCUAUGGAAAGCUCGAUCAUCUCCUGAUUCUUGAUAUCAGUAGGAAUUCUCUGACAGGAUUCUUGCCUGGAAGCUUUGGGUGCCUGAAUUCACUGCUGAAGCUUGAUUUGAGCAGCAAUAAGUUGCAGGGGAGCAUCCCUGACGAGCUUGGAAAUUUGAAGAACCUAACAUUAAUGGAUCUCAGCAACAACAGAUUAUCAGGUGGGCUGCCCAAAUCGUUUCAAGAAAUGAGUUCCCUCCAAGAAUUGGUGGUGGCAAACAACCCCACAGGGGGAGACAUUAUGAGCAUUGAAUGGCAGAAGAUGAGGGCCCUGUCUGCACUGGACCUGGCCAAUACGAACCUGACUGGUGGCAUCCCUGACGCCAUUGCUGAGCUGAAAGGUCUGAGAUUUUUGGGCCUCAACGACAACAACCUCACAGGCGAAAUCUCCCCAAAGCUUGCGAAUCUUCCCAACAUCGCUUCGGUUUACAUCCAUGGCAACAAUCUCACAGGGGAGCUUCGAUUCUCAGAGGGGUUUUAUUCCAAAUUAGGGAGACGUUUUGGGGCCUGGGGGAAUCCGAAUCUCUGCCUCUCCAGUGCAGGAGAAAUUAUGCCUUUUGGGGUCAAAUUAUGCGAUGAAAUUCGACAUUAACCUCAAUUCCAGACAAAAUUGCUUGGCAAUUGGAAUCCCCAAUUAUUGUUGCUAGAUUAGGGUUCAUAGUUGAACUGUUGUUGCUGCUUUUAGCUAAAUCAAACAACAGCAACAAUCAAA